UCAUCCGCUUGGUUCCGCAGCAUUGUCGAAGCGGCCGAGCGGAGCGCCGGUUCUUCUCUUACCCCAAAGUCGGCGGCUCGACAGCGCACGUUGCCGCUCGAGGGCCGCCACCUCAGUAAGUUGCCGAGUGUCGAGCCGAGCGGCUCGCGUGCGCUAUCCUUAUGAGUGUAGCCCGGUAAUACGAAACGUUAACCGAUCGCCUCCUUGACUAUACGUGAGAAUCAGUCGUCCGCGCGAUGACGGCCUAUAACGUGGGUGUGCUCCUCGCGCUAGCGGCCCUUGCCGGCGUUGCGGUGUCCUGGGGAGUUGGCCACCAAGGCGCCAGCGCCAAGUGCGAGCGACUAGGUGUGUCCUUUUGCCGGGGUCUCCGGUACAACCUCACCGCCAUGCCUAACUUCAUGGGACACGAGGAUCAACUGCAGGCCGAACGCGGGCUGGCGACGCUGAUGCCGCUCGUCCAUUACAACUGCUCACGGCACCUCCGCUUCUUCCUCUGCUCGGUCUUCGCGCCCGUCUGCUCGGAGCACGUGGCUAUGCAGAUACCAGCGUGCAAGCCGCUAUGUCUCUCGGUGAAGCGCGACUGCGCCCACACGCUCAAGGAUCUCACGCUACCCUGGCCACACAUGUUGGACUGUGAUCGCUUUCCCGACAGCGGUAAUACACUGUGCGUGCAGCCGCCGCCAGAGGAAAAUCUCUCGUCCGAGGCCUCGUCAGCGUCCACGUCCGUAUCGUCACACUCGAGCCAACAGCAGCAAGAGCAGCAACUACAGGAGCACGAGCAACUCAAGGAACGAGAACAAGAGCUGCAGCAUGAACACGAACAGCAGCAAUGGCCCUUAGUACAGCCUAUGCAGCCCAUACCGCUCCCGCCCAGGGCAAAUCUACACCAAAAAUGCCCAGCUCACUUCGUCGAGACACCCUACGUCGACGUUGUGAGUUCCUCACAUUAUCCUUUUCACGCGUUCAUGAUCGUGACAUCGUGUGUACCUCGCUGCGGUGCUGACGCCUACUAUCGAACAGAAGAUAAGCGCUUUGCCGAGCGCUGGAUGAGUGGAUGGGCAUGGCUUUGCUUUCUUUCCACGCUUUUCACGCUGCUGACCUUUUGGGUAGAGCCGGCGCGCUUUCGCUACCCGGAGCGGCCAAUCGUUUUCAUAGCCCUUUGCUACAAUCUCAUGUCGCUGGGAUACAUCAUACGGGGCGCCCUAGGCCCGGAGAAUCUUAGCUGCGUCGGCCAAGACGAUGGGCCGAGCUACGUGCCGGUGAACGAUGGCUUACGAAGUGUCCCGUGCACGAUUUGGUGGCUCGGUCGUUACUACCUCGGACUCGCGAGCAGUCUCUGGUGGACAAUCCUCUGCGGGUGCUGGCUAUUGAGCGCCCGUAACGAAUGGAGUAGCGAGGCUCUGCACAACAUCGCUGCUUACCUGCACGUCGCCGCCUGGGGACUGCCGACUUUACUGACUGGAGGCACGCUCAUCUCACGGAAUGUCUCGGCUGACGAGCUGACGGGCCUAUGUCAAGUUUCGGAUGAGUCAGCGCUCUGGCUCGAGGUUCUCCCUAACACGUGCCUUCUCUUGUUAGGCUGCUUCCUGGGGGGCAUCGCCGGUCUCGCCCUGGUGCGAGUUCGCCGGGUAGUUCGCUCGGCGGGCCGCAGCGCAACGAAGCUCGAGCGCUUAAUGACGCGACUCGGAGUGUUUGCUCUUCUGUACGCGCUCCCUGCCCUCGGGAGCCUCGCGUGUGCCCUCCAGGAGUCGCAGGCCCGGCCCCGCUGGCGCACCCUAGCCCUGCUCGCAGCUCUUGACUGCCGCUCUUCUCAGAGUUGCGUGCCAGGGCCGCGCGAGCGACCUAUCGGCCUUGAGUUCGCCCUUCUGCGACUCUUCCUCUCACUCGUCAUAGGCGUUACUUCCGGUAUGUGGGUUUGGUCAGGAAAAACCUGUCGCGCGUGGAGCAGGCUCCUCGCCGCCCCAAGUAAACCACAAAGGCCUGCUCAACAGGCCGUCCAUCAGGGCUACAGACGGGAAGCCGUAAAUGCCGCAUGACCUGCGAGUUUCGUCUGUUUCGGCCUUGGGGCCAUUCUCUAAUAAGCCAAGCGCCAAAUGUUCCGGAAAGUC